UUCACUAACGCUACACUGACGCCAUUUUACUGACAAAAGAAAAGUCAAAAGAGAGGUGCGAUUAAUUAAACAUGUCUACUACACCUAGUAAACCAUCUCCUAUGGAUUUGAAAAAAGAUAAAGACGAUUCUAAAUCCGAAGAUAACAAAAACCAAAUGCAGGGAAAUAAAAGUAAUCAAGAUCAGGGAAGACAGCAAGACAACCGCGGACAUGGCGGAGGAAAUUUUCGUGGUGGCCGGGGUGGUCGUGGCGGCGGCGGUGGCGGUGGAAGAGGCAUGGGUAGAGGGGGCGGUGGGGGUGGAAAUAGAGGCCGAGGGAUGAUGCAGCGAGGUGGAGGAGGAGGCGGGGGUGACAGGCGAGGGAAUCAGGGCCAACAACAGAAUCAGGGGCAGCAUGGCCAGGGAGGAGGUGGGGGCAACUUCAGACAAAACGAAUUCCAAAUGAAUAUGUCGGCACACGACGCUGCACCAAGAGAGCCAAAGAAAUUUACAGGGCGAUGCAGGCUGUUUGUUGGAAAUGUCACAUCAGAAACGUCGGACGAGGAGUUCAAAAACCUCUUCUCAAAAUUUGGUGAAACCGGGGAAAUGUUCUUGAAUGGUUCUAAAGGCUUUGGGUUUAUACGUUUGGAUUACAGACAUAAUGCAGAGGCAGCAAAAGCAGCAUUAGAUGGAAGCCAGCAUAAAGGGAGAACACUUCGCGUCAGGUUCUCGAACCAAGGAUCAGCCAUCAAGAUUAAGAAUCUCUCUCCCUUUGUGUCCAAUGAGUUGCUGGAGAUGGCCAUGCAGCAGUUUGGUGAUGUUGAGAGGGCAGUGGUUGUUGUGGAUGACAGGGGAAGAUCCACCGGAGAGGGGAUUGUGGAGUUUGCCAGAAAGCCUGGGGCACAGCAGGCUCUCAAACGAAUUAAUGACGGGGUCUUCCUUAUGACAUCGUCCCAGAGACCCAUAUCUGCAGAGAAUCUAGAAGCCAAAGAUGAAGAUGAUGGUCUCUCAGAAAAGUUCCUUCCCAGAAAUCAACAGUACCAGGCAGAAAGAGAGAAGGAACCCAGAUUUGCACCCCCUGGCUCCUUUGAGUACAGGUUUGGUCUGAAGUACAGAGAAAUUGAUGAGCUGGAGAAACAGCAGAUAGAGAGAGUGAAACAGGAAAUGGAUCAACAGAGAAUGAAGCUGGAACAUGAGAUGGAGGGGGCCAUGUUUGAUUUUCAGGCAGAACAAAUCAGAGCAGAUUUAUUGAGGCAGCAAGAAGAGCUUCGUCGCUUGGAAGAAAUGAAAACAGAGAAGAUGCGACGUAGGCAGGAAUAUGACUUCAGAAUGGAUGAUGAGCAAAGACUGAAUAUGAUGGAUGAUGACAGACAGCACAUGAUGAGGGGAGGAAGACCUGGCAUGGACCAGCCCGGUGGUAAUAUGUUAAGAGGGGACAAUCAGAGAGGGGGUGGAGGAGGAGCCCCCCUUCCUCCCCCACCCGCCCCACCAGCAGGCAUGGGCUUUGACAGUCCCUCAGAUCAGAUGCCAAGCAGUUCCGUUGGCAAAAAGGGAGAUGAUAGGGCCAACAAGAAAACGAAUCGUUUCGAUUCCAACCCUGGCAAUUUUGGAGGCAACCCAUCCAAUUUCGGAAACCACCCUGGUGGCAAUAUGCCAAAUCAAGGGGGAAUGUUUGGCAAUAACCGAAAUAUGGGUGGGAUGGGGAAUCGCAAUGAUAGGAGACGCGAUAUGGGAGGAAUGGGCGGUCCCAGAGACGACUAUGGAGAAAUGAAGAGAAUGCGCAGAUUUUAAGCUUUGAUAUAAUCAGGGAUUUUCCCCCUUGAAAGAACUGUUGAGUUGAUGACUGGUGAUCUGAUUUUAACAGUGCUGAAUUUUUAGACAUUUCAGUACAGUCAUGAACAUGGAAGUUUAUGUAGCAUAUUCACAGUAACAAUUCAUGUAUUUCAUUUUUAGUGAAAUUUAUUCUUACUUCGUAAAGUACCUUACAAAUGUUGUUUUUACAAUGAAUAAGGACUAUGAGGAAAACAAUUGCCAGCAAACCAGAUAGAAAGCUGGCAGAAUUUUAUUGCCAUGAGAAACAUGUCAUAUAAUUGUUUAAAAAAAAUUAAUAAUAUUGUUGUCAUAAUUGUAAACCUUGUGUCAUACAUUAAUAAAAUCAUGUGUCUAUUUAGACAGAAGUUUGUGAUAUUAAUCAAUCAAUGGGAAAAAGAUAUCCUGCUGGUAGAAAAGUUUUCAAAAAAUAAAAUCUCAAUUUGAAUACAAAUAUAUUUUUGUAAACAGUAUGUUAGUAAAUUGUAGCUUAAAAUGUCUUAAAAUAUUUUGUAUAUUUGGUGGUAAAUUUAGUAACUUUAAUUAUAUCUCCAAACUGAAAUAUAAUUAAAGGGUUUUUGUACUGUUUAGAUGAAGGCAUUACACUAACAGAGCUUUUGUUAGUAUUCACCAUGAAUCGAUAGCACAGUGUUCAAGUGCUCUAAAUUGCUGAUGGAAUAAUAGAACUUGGUAUUAUAAAAUUACAGGAAACUAUUUGAUAAUUUUGCUACAUUUUAAACAAAAAACAUACUGCUUAUUGGAUUGGCAAAUUUAAUUUAAAAAAAAACACCUCUGAGGGAAAUUUUUAAUUCCAACAAAAGCACUAGUAAUGUAAUUUUUGUGGUGUUGGGCUUAUUUUUUCUUUGAUUUUCUUUAAUUCAAUCACCCUCAAGUGUGGUAUUCAAAUUGUUUAAAAGUCACAUAAAUUGAGAAAUUUUUGAAUAGAAAUUUUAAAGAUUUAAGGUACCUCACUUCAUCAGACGCUGCAUUAGAUAUUUGUAUGGCCAAUUCGGUUGAAUAUUGUCAACGCUUAAUGAUUUAAGUAUCAGGCUUGUGAACCACAGAGUUCAAAUCAUCCUGGGAAUUUUCUUCUAAUUUGAAUAUUGAAUAAAUUUUUUAAAAAUUAUAUUUUCUAUCCAAAAUUGCAUUAUUUUUUUUCGCACAUUUGAUUGUUACACUUAUUAUGCUUCAUGUUAUCUAUCAAAAUACAGUGAUUUUCUACUGAUUUGAGAAACUUUUGCAAUGUGUAGGGAGUCGCCUUAACUGUCUAUUUUUAAGAAUGGUUUCAAUAUCUUGUCUAAAUUCAUGGAAAAUUGCAACUUUUAAAUAAAGUAUAAAUAUGAAUUUUGCAUGAAAAAGGGAAUUUUAUACAAUCUUGCAAGUUUCAAAAAGGUCAACAUUGUAGAUAAUCAAACAAUUUUUACCUGUAAUAGUAAUGUAAUUUAGAGUCAACUCCUGUAUUUAGGUAUUGACUUCAGACAUAGAUGAACCUCUGUACCACUACUAGUUGAGGGAAACAGCACAGAUAAUAAUUCAGUCAUAUGACAUUCAAAGGAUUUCUUCUAAAUACUCAGUAUAUCAAAUUCUUUUGGAUACUCAACAACAAAAGGGCAUUAACCAGUUGGCAUGCGGACAUAAACAAUGUAUUAUUUUUAGAAAUCAGCUUGAAGUAAUUUAACUUCUUAAAAAACUCGAAUUGACAUUAACAUACGAAAAGGUAUUCUUUUGGUUACUUGGUUUUCUUAUUUUAGUUGAACAAAUACUGAAAAUUUUCUGUUUCCUAAUUUGGAUCAAAAGAUAUGCUUAAAACAAAUAUAUGUAAUUUACGAUAGUAUCCAAGACACGUGUGCACAGUAGUCUGAAUUGUUUAUGAAUUACAUAAAAAUUGUUUGUUUAUUGUACAUACUCAAUCCAGGGUUCUAUUGUAUAGCUGUUCUUUUCCACUUGUUACAAAAAUUUGAAAAAAAGCAUGAGAGCUGGAAACAUAAGGGGAAAUAAAUAUAAUGCGAUGGUUUUAAAUAUAGUGUCUAUAAUCCUCUGUGCAGAAAACCAUUUUUCAGACAAAUAAAAUAAUGAACAAUGUGAAAUCUUUUUAUUGGUAAUUAAAAAAGUUAAUUAGUUUGUUUUUUGUUGGUCACUAUAACACUAUGACCAACAUCUUUCACUAGAAAAGUGGACAUUUUGGAUUCUGCAAAUAAACUAGGUUGUAUUGGCAUAAGUUUUCAAUCAUAAAAUGUGGUAUAUUUUUAACAUUCUUAUUAUUGUUUUUCAUUUAUGAUUCUUACAUACUAUUAAUUUUGUUUAUUUAUUUUUGUACAUCAAUAUGAUAAUUUAUAUAAUGCAUCAUCUGAUUUGUCUACACACGUGACAGGGUGAGGAAAAUGUCGUAAAAAUCAUAUACCAGUCCUUAGGAAGUCGCGGGUUUUUUUCAUUGCAUUGAUAUGAAAAAAAGGUGAGAUGAGCAAACAACAUAAAUAAACUUGGUUAAAUCUAAAACAUUUAAAAGUUAUAAGCACUCUUUCAUCAGAUAAACAAAAUUUUCAUUAUUUAUGAAUGCGAAUUUAUGAAAGAAAUAGAAGAUAUUCACAUGAAAAGUCUAAAAGUCAAACAUUUAAGAUGUUUUUGCUUUUUAAAGUUUAGAAACUAUUGGAACUUGACGUAUUUUAUAUUAACAUGUCUUUAGGUAUAAUAGACAAUUUAUUGUAUGAAUGUUAGGGUGAUAUGAACGAGUAUAUAUACUGAACAUGUGAAUGGAUUCUCCCGAGAAAAAUCAUAUAUCCCUCAGCCUUGCCUUCGCAAUCGGGAAGUAUGAUUUUUCUUGGAGGAACAAAUCAUACUUCAUUGUCUUCAUAUCUACGUCACCAUCAUGCAAUUAAAUCAUUCUUAUAUUCUUACUUUACUUUGAAAGUUAGAAUGAUUUUGAUCAAUCCUGAUAAAAAAAAAACUGAUCCUGAUACAAAUUCCUAUAAAUGUAAAAAAUAAUUUUGCAUUUGCAGCUAUAAAAGCUAUUGAAUUUGAUUGUCAAGUUAUGUAACAAACCAUUAUAGGUUUCUAAUGAAAUUGUUAUAUUCUUUCAUUUGACAAACCUUUCCUCUCUAUUGUGUGUUGUUAUGAAAAAUAUGAACAAAAUUAGGUUAUUGUUUUUAAUUUCAUGAAAUAUUUUAUGUUAAUAUUAUUUUAUGAAGAAAAGAUAACCUUACUCGGCAUGGUUUGUUAGAUAUUAAUAAAAUUCAUUGUUUUACAGCAAGCUGUAAACUUUUCAUUUUCUUAUGUGCAAUUUAAGCAGAUUUUAAAUAUUUCUCAUCAAAAAUACAAAAAAAAAUGUGUAUGAAAUAAUUCAGAAAAUAAAACCUCCUUUGAACAACGAGAAAUCAACCUUCAAUAAUGUUACUUUUAAUCAACUUACCAUAAAGCAAAAUUUUGGUGAAGAAUUCCACCUUCAACAGAAGUGCUCAUGGUGUUGGGACAUCUACGUAAUUCUUUGUUCCUAAAUUUUAUCAUUAAUUUUGGUGUCUUGUUCAUUUCAAAGAUUAGUUAUGAAAUUAUCUAUUUUAUUUCAAAAAAUCAAAAAGAACUAUUUAGAAUCAAUGUUUAAUGAUAAGAAAUAUUGUAAAUAGAUUAUAGCAUGAUAGAGUGCAAUUCUAGGCUUGCUGUAAUACUAGUAUUUAGGGUAUAACAUCGUAUUAUUGGUCUCUCUUUUUGACGUCUACUGCUUUAAUUUCCUAUAUUGAUUAAGGUAAGAACAAAGUCAGGUGAUCAUGUAUUAAAAUUAAACACUACACAGAUGGAAUACCAAAAUUCCAUUGAAUCUUCCUCUUGAUCUGUUUCGUCACUUUGUUUUAUUUUGUGAUAACCUCUGGCUUUCAAUAAGGGAAAUAUUUCUGGUGAUUGGGUUCCCCCCUCAACCUGCUUGCUUUAUAAAAUUACUGUAAUUGGUUACCUGUAAGUGUUUUAAACGCUAUAAUUUUACAUUUUUUUUAAAUUAAAUUUAUAAAUACCACUUGAUUUUGGAACAUAUACAGUAAGGCCAUUAAUUAUCAAAAUCCUGUAACGAUAAUUUAACUAUUUAGCCUGGUUUGAUAAACAAGUUCCAUUUUUUGUUACCGAUGUGAAUUCCGUAUCUCGGCUAAAAUUGACUAAAGAUACAUGUAAUAUAUAUCAAAAUUGAACUUUUCACAAAAUGUGGGCUCCAAUUAACACUAAAUAAUUUACUUACAAUAUCUUUAAAUUUUUUGUUUAUCUGAACGGAUACAUGUUGCUUUCACCAUAACCGAACAUGGACACGGGAAGAAAUAGCAAAUAUAGACGUGACUGACUAUCACGUCCUUAAAAAUAUUUUUUUUUUCAGUUUGCCUAUAACAUUUUUAUAUCAUUGUAUUUUAGCAUCUUCAUUCUCAUAACUGUUGUUGAUAAUCAAAAACUUAACCAAUGUGACUAAUUUUAGGCGGAAUUUUUUUGGAAACUUGAUAAUUUUCAUGUAAGUAGUUAAUUGAAAUAAUUUGCUUCACAAAUUUGAUCAUGAAAAAGAACGCCAUAUUGAACUUUAAUAAAGUGAUUAUUAAUAGGAUUUUCGUUAGUUUGCCAUUAUUUUUUCAUUUAUGAUAUUUCUUCAAAGUGCAUGAUUUGUAUUUGUAUGUUGUAAUUAGUGAACAAUUUCUGUUAAAGUCCUUUUUUAGAAUCAAAUACUCGUAUGGCAAAGGACUGCGAACGAUAGCAUUGUCUAGGCGCCUGACUAAAAGUCAUUUUUUUUUUAUAAUUGUCCAGUUAAAUAUAUUUUUUUUUGUUAUAAUGUAAAUAUUAAUGUAUAUUUUCAUGAAAUAUAAACAAAGAUAGAUUACUAUGCAUUUUGGGUUAAAAUAGCUCAUUUCAAAAUAGAAACGAACGGAAAACGGAUUUUUAAAAAUAAAUCUUCUUCAAAUAGUCAAAUAUGAAUUCAAAUGAAAAUUUAUUUUAAUUUCCAACGUAAACAUGUGAUUAUUAAGUUUUUAUGCAUCUAUCGGCCGCUAAAUAAUAUUUUCCUUACUCAAUGACAGCGAUUUCAAUGAAAAAAAAAUUUUAAGGCCCCGCGUUAGCAAAACUUUUGUUUAAAAAUUAAUAAUUUGAUUACAAAUUUUAUUUUGAUAUAAAUUGAUUAGGAUUUGAUUAUACUUUUUAGUAGAAAACUUAGUUUUUGAAUAUCUGAAAGAAAUUUCGAAAUAUUUGGAUGUAAAAUGUAGGCGCGAAACGGGCGUUAGCGUUCGCAAAUCUUAGGAGUGUAAUCAAGUUUUGAAGAUUGAAAUAUUCUCGAGCUCGGACCAAGCAGCUUUAAAUCAAAAGGCGUUUGUAAUCAAUUUAUGCAUCGACUGUGUGUUUGUUUGUUGUAAAUGUUUUGUCCUUCCAAGCUAGUUUUACCGCUGAAUAGACUGUAAAUUACUUUGUUUUAAUAAAUAUUUCAACUACAUACACUAAUUAUAAAUUAAAAAAGGGGUUUUUUUUUUGUUGUUGACAAAAUUAACUAUAUUAUUUAUAUUUAUGAGUUGUAGAGAGUUGAUUUUUCAGAGCAAUGCUGAUGGUAGAAACGCGGUCAAUAUCAUUUUACUCCAAUGAAUGGGAAAUCAGGAAGUAAAUUAGUUCUAAACUUAUAUGUGCUUAUAUUAAUCUCUGUAUUGGUAAUGUUAUAAAUGAAACAAAUGUAUUUGCAAGAUUUCCAAAGAAUACUUGUAAAGUGACAUUUUAUCUGGAACCAUGAUGUUUAAUAUAUUAUUUUUAUUGCAAGCUUUAUGAACAAAUUUAGUAGACCAAAAAAGAAAAAAGAAAAAAAGAAUAUCAUUUCAUGGCUGCUGAUAAUGUUUCUUUAUGGCAUUUUUGCAUUUCUGUUUGCCGUAAGGGUUUGAAUAUUUAAGGGCAAAGAUGUGAACACCAUUAAGAAGGUGUUUGCUCAUCUUUAAUGUACCAUAUUUUCAAGAACAUUUUAAGUAACUUAUUUUUUAAAUUUGUUUUCUGUUAAAGAGCACAACGCUGUGCUAAUUGUUGCUAUGUUUCAAGUAUGAUUUUUAUAUUUAAAAAAAUCCUCUCCAAAUGACCAGUCUUGCAAUAUAGUUUUAGGCAUAUCUGAGCUGAAGCCAGUAAGCUCUGGAUUAUAUCUUCUAUGUACCAUAAUGUCUAUUUGUGAACUUUUACAGUUUUCUCGAGAAACUGGUCGUUAUAUGGAUAUGUUAAAAUAUCUUCUGAACCAAAUAGGAGACUUGUAAUAUGGAAAUUUCUUAUAAACAGAAACUUAAUAUGAGAAAGUUUUGGAUUUAUACCACAACGCUGGGAAGGGCUAUCAGAAUGGAACAACAUGGCAAGGGGAUAAUGUCACUACAUAAAAAUUUGGGGGUUUAACCUUUGGUUCUUUUGGAAGUAAAUGUGGAUGCUGGUACAGUAUUUGUGAAAGUAAAUGUAAUACAUUUGGCUGUGUAUUCUAUUUAGAAAGCAGCUUCAAGAACAUUGCAAAAAUGUCAACUAUUUUGGCGAACAAUCGCACAGUUGAAUAUAACAUUGUUUACAUUAAUUUUGUGAGGUAAAGAUAAUAUUUAAAUUUGGUCAUUUCUUAACGCUUUAGAACGGAGGGGGUUACAUUUUACAAGUUUACAUCGAAAUGUACAGGAUAUUAUAUAUUUUUUACAUGUUUUAGUUAAAAGUGCACCGUUUACUGCCUUUUAGUGUUAGCAAUGUUCUUAUCUCUCGUCUUUUCAAAGUAAUUAUCUUACCAUACUGCUGAAUGCAAAGUAUUGAGUAGGGUUAAAAACUUUGUUUUCACGAAAAGAUUAAUUCAUAUUCAUGUUGCAAAGAGUUGAUUUUUUCAGAGCAGUGAUGAUGUUGGAAAUGCUGUCAAGAUAUUCAAGAAGGAACCCGGAAAUAAACUGGUUCUUUGAUUUAAGAAAAAAGGACAGUUUACGCUCUAAGUAGUUUGAAAUUCAUUAGAUACUUUCUUUGGAACACGGCGGUUUCACAUAUCUUCUUUUAUUUCUGAUUAAAUAUAAUCACAAGGAACUACCAAACGCACAGCAGUAGCUCUUAAAGAAUAGUGUCAAAAAUCGUAACCAUUAACUCCAAUUAUGGAUAAAAACGAACAUAUCCUGCCAAACAAUAUUUCUUUUGAAAAUUAUCAUCUUAUUACUUAAACACAAUUGUUUGCACCUACUUUCUGUAAGCAUAUUUGUGUAAAGGGUGACGGUUUUAGCACUGUUGAUAUACAACACCAUUUUGGGUGUACAUAUCGAACAAAAACACUCUUCUAUAUAUAUGAAUCCCGUAGUUCUAAGAUGUAUUAAGAGGAAUGAAUAAUUAAGGCCAUUUUGGGGCUAUAUUUACCUCUAUAUGAAGAGCUCUGUUGAAAGAUGGAAAAAAAUAUUCAAAGCAAAAAUACAUAGACUUUUUUUUUGAUAUUUAUUUUACGGCCUUUUAUAGACCUUAAGGACAGAUGCAACGUUAGUUAGUUUUAGAUAAUUUUCCUUGAUAGAUUAUCUGUUCAUGAAUAUUUCGAAUUGUUUUAAUAGCAUGCAAAGAAAUGCAAUAUAACGCUUAUUAGUUAAUUCAUAUAUAGUUUAUAUUUUUAUUUGAAACCAUAUAUCCAGAUAGAAGAAUAUCAUGCAACAAAAAAAUGUAAUGUUGGAAUUACGAAGUGGAAAUCUUCACAUCGCGGAGAUAGGAAUAAAUAGAAAACAAUGGUAGAUAGGUCGCGUCUUACCUUAAAUUGUUGACCAUCUACCAUUCUAAAUUUGGAAAUUUUUGAUGUGCAGUAAGGUAUAAGGAUUUUCAUUUCUAUUACGGUAAUGGAUGCUGAGGAAAAAUGUUUACAGUAUAAGAGUUUGAGAUCUACAAUUUCAUCUGUAUUGAUAUUAUUUGUAAUACUUCAGAGUAUGAUUUGCAGUCAUGUAUUAUAUAUUAAAGGUAAGGUUCUACCUUUUCCAUCAUAAUCUCUCAAAUACAAUAAGAAGAUGGGUGAAUAAGGCGUGUAGAAUGCCUUUAUGAGUAUAGAUAAGAUUCCAUGAAAUCAAAAUAUGAACAAAUCUGAUAAAAUUGAAAACAAUGUAUAUUUAUCAUACCAUCGAUUUAUAACCCUUGAAUUUGUUAAAAACUUGGAAUAGGUCGAUUUGAACUGGCGUAUGCGUGUCAAAACCUCCAUAUCAUUUUUAGAACUUCCAAGACUUUUCUUUUGUAAAGUAGUUCUGAGCUCCAUGUUUUUGUCAUAGUUUAUAUAAGGUUUACAAAAAACCAAACCGAUUUCAAUCAACAUAAAUGUGGAGAGAUGACCCUCUACACUUUAAAAAUCUCAUUUUGUAUCCCAACAAUUGAACGUUUUAGAAAAAAAUACAAGUCCGUAAAUUUGUGGUCGAAGUCGCAUAGCAUAGCAGUUUGUUGUAACUGAUCAUGAAAUGGCUCAUUGGAUAGAGCACCAGACAUCGGGUAACAUUGUCGAGCUAGGGUUUUUUUUAGGUUGUGGGCUUGAUGCCACCAAAACUAUAGAAUUUAUUUUGUUCCUUAUCUUUUGUUGAAAUACUCAAAACAAUAAUAUACUUUAGUUAGAAAUUGCCCUUUUGUAAACGUAUUAUAUUAUAACAUUAUCAAGUAUAUUAAUUUGAAUUUUUUUAAAAAUGAAAUUGUAUUUUACGACUAAACCAAAUAACCAUUUGCGCUAUCUUAUUCCUUUGUCUUCUUUAUUUAUUUUGAAAAUACAACAAGCAACCCUGAUGUUCGAUCAACAAUGAUAUAUUAAAACACUCUAGUAUUUUUUUUUUCAAAAGUCAAAUAUAAAUCUGAGUCUUAAAAAACGGUAAAAUUAGUGUACUGUUGUCCAAAGAAAAGAAAAGGGUAACUAAAUAGGGAAAGUAUUGGAAAAUCACUUAAUCACUGAUAAGCUGAAACACACGGAGCGGUUUUAUUACACCUGAGAAUAGGAUGCGCUUACCAUACAAACAUUUUAUAAGAUUCACCGCGUCAAAAAUUCUUUUGAUUUUAAGAAAACUUCCUUAUUUAGUGUAGAUUUACUUUCGUUAAAUCUUCACUCCAGAAUCAACGAUAAUAUAUUUUUUUUAAUUUUUGAAAGGGGGGAUUGAGAUCUGGGUUAAUAAUUUAGGCCAAUUGAGGGAUGCAAAAUUCGUCAUAGUUAUAUAGGAAAAAUAUUAGAAAUAUACAACCUACCACCACCCCAUCCCACCCUCAAGGUGUUGCCUUAAUUGGAAUUCAGGCUUAUAAGAAAAUCUAGUAAAAAAAACAAUUUAAAAAAUUAACGAAGAAUUGUUUCCACCAAUGCUACCACUUCGAUAAGAACUGUAACACGUGCAAGAGAUGAAGCAUAUUUGCCUCCUUUUGUUGGAGAUUAUUUCUAAAUUUGAAUCCUGAUUUCGCAAAAUACGGCCAUAGAAAGCGGCACCACUACUGUGGAACCCUUGAUAUUGGUAAAUGACUUCUAUUGGAUCUGCAUUAUAGUGGUUUAAUUUUAGUGUGCUCAAAUGAUCUAGUUGCAAGUUACGCUAUGAGAGGCAACCGACAUUUUCAAGUUUGUGAAUGAUACAAGAGUUCCACGUACAGUAAGUAAAUGCUUUGUUAUCAUCACUGAUGACCCGGAUGUUUAAUUCUAUAAUAAUAUGAAUAAUAUGUUUUAUUUUAUUUGAAAAACUGAACAUAAAAAUGUAACUAAACUGUUCCUUCUAUUUGCAUAUAAGAUGUGAUAAGGUUCAGAAUUUUGAAGAAAUGAUUUGUUGAUCCUCAAAAUGUAUGUUGAAGUCGUGAUGCAAUAAAUGCUGUGAGCUACUGAAAAAGUGAACUGGAUAAAUACAUCAUUGCUACCCAAGGGUCUCUGGUCCUUCAUCUGAACCUUUAAUGAAUAGUUCAUAUUAUACUCUUUAUGAAGUCGGACCUUAAUUUCUGAUUGAAUUUCAUUUCGCUUAUAAAGUCAUAAUAAUGUUGAUGAGGGGUGGGGGUGGCUAAUUUUAUGUACGAGUGGUCAGAAAUGAUGUCAGUGAUUCGCUUAUAUCUUACGGUUCCUCUUUACAUGACUCACUGAAGAGUUCUGAUUUCUUGCAACAAGAGUUAUUUACCCUUUUUAAAAUUGUGUAUCAAAUAAAGUACUACAAUGACAUCAUCCGUAAUCUAUUAAAGUUAAUUUAUUCAAAACUUUACAAAAGCAUUAAUAAUGUACUUUAUAUUUCAUCUCACCUCAUUUCACUAAGCAAAUGUGAUUUCUUUUCAUCAGUACUUUGUUUGUGAACAGUUAUCCAAACUGUACCUUUUGUUAAAAUGAAUGGGAUAAAAUGUGAAAUGUGCACUUAUAAUUGAGGGAGGUUUAAGAAUAAAAAAUCAAUUUAAUGAUACCGAGGGUUCUGAAAAAUAUUUCCACAGUUUAUAUUUUCACAAAGGAAAUUAAACAAUGUUUAUGUUUUUGAAUUAU